GAAAGACCUGGGCUCCGGGAGCAAGCGACUGUCUCUUUAAAUGCCAGGGGCUGCGCUCCCGCCCGGGGAGCCUGGAGCCGGAUCUACAAUCCCGUCCCUCCGGCUCCGGCGCUUGUUGCUUGCCGGUCCGAGCCGGGACUGCCGCCGCCGGGCAGCCUGGCUGCUUCCUUCUCCGCCUUCUCGCGUCCCACCUCCCCCGAGACCAGGCUGAGGGGGAACAGCAGCCCCAGCAGGAGGGAGGGGGUGCGGUGUAAACAGGCAUUGCCCCCCACCUUCUUAUCUUGGGGCGCUACGUAGCCGCGGGGGCAAGACAUGCGUCGCUCCCCUCUGCCCAGCCUUGCUGCCACUCGCGCCCGGAGAGGAGGGAUUGCGGAUCCCGCACCUGCAAACUCACCCUAGAAGUCUCCAGGUGGUCUCAGCCCCUGUCCGGGGACCUGUGCCAAUGACCCUAGUGGUGGUUUCGCUUUCUCCCCUCGCGGCCGUGUGAACGUACAUCCGCAGCGUGAUGGGCAAUCAGGUGGAGAAACUGACCCACCUAAGUUAUAAGGAAGUUCCCACGGCCGACCCGACCGGCGUGGACCGGGACGACGGGCCUCGCAUCGGGGUCUCCUACAUUUUCUCCAACGACGACGAGGACGUGGAGCCACAGCCGCCGCCCCAGGGGCCGGAUGGCGGCGGCGGUGAAGGCUUGCCCGACGGGGGCGACGGACCGCCACUGCCGCCGCCGCAGCCCUACGACCCGCGGCUGCAUGAGGUCGAGUGUUCCGUGUUCUACCGCGACGAGUGCAUCUACCAGAAGAGCUUCUCUCCGGGCUCCGCGGCUCUGAGCACCUACACGCCCGAGAACCUGCUCAACAAGUGCAGGCCGGGCGACCUGGUGGAGUUCGUGUCGCAGGCGCAGUACCCGCACUGGGCUGUAUACGUGGGCAACUUCCAGGUGGUGCACUUGCACCGGCUGGAGGUGAGCAACAGCUUCCUGACCGACGCGAGCCAGGGCCGGCGCGGCCGCGUGGUGAACGACCUGUACCGCUACAAGCCGCUGAGCCCGGGCGCCGUGGUGCGCAAUGCGCUGGCACACGUGGGCGCCAAGGAGCGCGAGCUGAGCUGGCGCAACUCGGAGAGCUUCGCUGCCUGGUGCCGCUACGGCAAGCGCGAGUUCAAGAUCGGCGGCGAGCUGCGCAUCGGCAAGCAGCCCUACCGGCUGCAGAUUCAGCUCUCGGCGCAGCGCAGCCACACGCUCGAGUUCCAGAGCCUGGAGGACCUGAUCAUGGAGAAACGGCGCAACGACCAGAUCGGGCGCGCGGCGGUGCUGCAGGAGCUCGCCAUGCACCUGCACCCGGCGGAGCCGGACGUGGGCGACAGCGACGCGGCGCGGACUACGCCGCCUCCCGGGCGCCCCCCUGCGCCCGGCCCGGAGGACGAGGCCCUAGAGGCGGCGGUGCACUGAGGGGCGAGCCGAGUGCGGAGCCUUGAGGGAGAGUCGUUCGCAGCGGCCGCCACCCCCUCCCUCCUCUCACUCCCCCCUCCGGCACCUUCGGGGCCCCAUCUGGGCUCCAGGGCCCCUUGGAAAAAGGAGAGUUGGCCAAUUGCGCAGCCAGCUGUGGCUUGAGCUUUUAUCUUGGACGGAGGAGGAAGAGGGAGCCGGUAGGAGGAGCACUUCGGCCGGGGGCACUUCCUGCCUCUCCUAUGGAUCAUUCUUUCUGAGGUGGGCCAAAGGUGGACUUAACAGACACUUAAUCCCUGCUGGACCUGGGUCCAAAAUCUACCCUUAUGCACUCGCACUCGGGGGUGGAGGAAAGUUCGGAGUACUAGUGCCUGCCAUUGCCUCCUCCCCGCUUCCUCCCCUUCCCUAAGGGUGAGCGGUACUGCGGCCUAGGCGGCGGCAGCGCCCCGCCAACCCAGAGCCAGCUAGGAGAGCCACAGAUCUGCUACCGCCACCCCCCAGGGGUGUAUGUGGGAUGUGGGAGGCGGGGGAUUCCUGGGGUGUAAGGCCAGAGAGACCAGGCCCAGGUCUGGCGAGCUGCAGACCACAACUGGGCAGCCCCCUGUGAAGUGUAAUAAAUAGUUGGAUAAACUUGGGCUACAACACAAAGACUUUGCUACCUCCCCCCUCCCACCCCCUGCCCGCAAGUAAUUCAUCAUCUGGCCCUGGCUUCUAGCGGAGUCUCCUGCUCCCUCCCGCUCCAGUCACCACUGCCCAGGUUCCAAGUAAAUCAUUGUCAUGGCCCAGCUAGGGGAAGGAUUCAAUUAUGGUUCUGUUUUGCCGCCUUUGUUUUGCUAUGGUUCUGUUUUGCAGCCUCGUCGUCGUUAUCGAAGGAGGGAAUAGCCCUUUGUGUCUCUGAUCUAAUUAAACCUGCUUGGCUGUGUUGGUCUGCAGGUCACACGGGGCCUUGGCUGGUGCCGCUCCAUAAAGUAUCCACUACAGAAAGGGCCAAAUAAUCUCCCACCCAUCGCCCUAACCCCCUUCCUGAACAGUGGAAGGUAACCUUUUUUAAAAUGUAAGGCUUUGGUGGUGGGCCUGUGAUUGUUUUGUUUUGUUUUGUUUUGUUUUGUUUUUGCUUUUGCCUCCUCACUGUCCCAUCCCCUUUACUUUCACUUUUAUUCUAACCCUGGAUAAAAUCUUUGGCUUGAAGUCUG